CCCUAGAUUAAACAACUACAGCCUAUAAAUCUCCACUCAUUAAGAACGAUUACCAAGGCAUCAAUCCGGUUAUUAUUUCAUAUUCUAGUCUAUAUUUUAGUCUAGCUAUGCCCGUAGUUCUUCGAGCAUCUCCAAUUCGAGCACUUCUCUCAUCUACAGUCCGUCGCAGCUUGAUUCCAGCUUCGCGAACGCCUUUUGUCUUCCGAGCUUCAACCCCUACCCCUAUCCCUAUCCGCACCAUGUCUGACCUCACACCCGUCUUCUCCAAGGACGCAGCUCCUCUUGCUGGACCUUACUCCCAUGCCAUCAAGACACCAACUGCCAUUUACUGCUCUGGUCAGAUUCCCUGCGACGUCAAUGGCAACCUUGUAGAAGGCACCAUUGGCGAGAAGACGGCAGUCUGCAUCUCCAACCUGAAGGCCGUCCUCAUAGCCGCCGGUUCCUCCAUCGAGAGGGUCGUCAAGGUCAACGUCUUCUUAGCUGAUAUGUCGCUGUUCGCCGACAUGAACAAGGAGUACGAGAAGUGGUUUACCCACAAGCCCGCCCGCAGCUGCGUGGCCGUCAAGCAGCUGCCCAAGGCCGUCGAUGUUGAGAUUGAGUGCAUUGCUCUCCCGUAGGAAUCGAAAGCUUGACCUGAAUACAUUAGUUGCAUUCGCCUAAAAUAAGCUAGGCGUCGCCGUGAUCUCAAGGGGUAUGAGUCACACUAGCUAUCUAGA